AUGGCUUUUUCUAUUCGUUCGACACUGCUUGUUUUUAUUGUUGCGCUCUGUAAAAUCACAUAUGUGUGGACUAUAGAGUGUUAUUCAACAUAUCAAGUCUCUUCCGGAACAGUUCAGAUCUCUUCAGCUACUGCCUUAAUAACACCUGAGAACGAAACAUGUUCGGUUGUUGGUUGUGUCUGUUAUAGUUUUCAAACAACUUGUUCCUCCUCAUCAUCAAUAGCAGCUACUUAUACACCAUGUAGUCAACAAGAUCAACAAAAUGGUGUAACAAAAUGGAAAUGGGGUCAAACUUCGAAAACAAAAUGUGAACAAUUACAACGACAAUCUCAAAUUUAUCUUAACAUGAUCUGUUGUGAUACGAAUCUUUGUAAUAAACAGUACGAUCCACCACCAACAACUUCGGAACCAAAUAGAACUUCUUCGGAUUCACAUCCAAAAUGGUCUACUUUGAUUAUCAUGCAUCUUCUUCUCUUAGCGCAUAUAUUUCUUCAAGACAAAUAA